GUCUUCGUUUUCGUCCCUGCCAAAGGAAAAAAAACCAUGCUUGGUGAAUAAGUGAUCCGUCAAGACGUAUGGGUGGCGUUCAAAUAACCUGUCUCGGCUCUUCCUUUUACCUGUCUCCCGCCGCUCUCGUCCUCCCUUCCCCAACAUCUUGGACGUCUGCCAUCUUCACCUGCCGCACACUUCACACCUUCGGCCUCCUCCCUCAAACAAGCCAGCCCUGUUUGGCAAAUCCAAUCCGAACACACGUCUCCAACAUCCACCAGCGACACGUCGUCACACGAAGCAGACCAAGCAUCACUCAUCACUCAAUUUAACGACUCACGGUCUCCUCCAGCAGAGCAAUAGCUUCGCGCUCGCGCCAACGCAUGAGCUUGUCGCAUCCACAUCUGCUCCAGCUCUCUCGCCCUUUCUCUCGCUCUCCCACUCUUGCGAUUGUUCCACGCCUUUCGCAGUUUUCUUCCAGAGAACCCAUCGAACCUGUCCUCCCUCGAUCCGAAGCAAUGUCUGCACCUCAAGUUAACGGCGAGGUCCCACACUCGGCCUUCAUUGAUCACCUUCUCAAGUACCCCGUUGUCAACGACAGCGUCGAGGCCCUGAAGCAGAACCAGUAUGGCCAGAAGGGCCUGGCGCUGGGAGAUUCGGCCUACCAGACAUUUGCCAAGCCCGUGAUCCCCUACCUCGCGAAGCCCUACCAGUAUGUCAGCCCCUACGUCAAGAGGGCCGACGACAUUGGCGACAAGACGCUCGCUAGGGUGGACGAGACCUUCCCUGUCGUGACCAAGCCGUCGGCCGAGCUGUACGCCGAUGUUCAGAACCUCGUCACCCUGCCAUACCGCAUGGGCGUCGAGGGCAAGGACCACGUUUUCACGACUUACAACCAGGAGUUCAAGAGCAUCAACAGUGAUGGCAACAGCGGCCCCCUGGUCGCGUACGGCAAAGCUCUUUUCAGCACCGCCCUGAUUGUGACGGCCGAAUCGUUGAGCUGGGCCAGGACCUUCUUGAACGCCAAGAAGGAAGAGGCCAAGGCAGCUGCUAACAACUAGAUUUCUCUCCUGGGCUAAGUGGUUCGCUCGAGACUCUCGUCUUUCUCCCCUUCACACACCCCUCAAAUACCCUUCGAAAGAGACCAACUCGAGAGGGCGGGAGUCUCUGGAGACAGCUGCGGCGAUGUUGCCAGACCGCACAUGGCUGGCCAUUGCUCAUUUGAAACGGCUUCGCGGUUGAUGGCUGGUCCGAGGUCGGACGACUUUCUUUCGUGCGUUGAGACUGGUUCGUAGCAGUUCACUGUCAGAACGCACUGCCGGUGCCCCUCUCUCCCCCAUUAUCUCAGCCAAGAAACUUUCGGACAUUCACACUCGGUUUCUCUCAUUUGUUUUCUUGUAAUUUUGUGCAGCUCAGACGGUUGGACCUCAGAGACGGGCGCCCCCAAAACGCGAUGCAUUAUCGGCCAAGACGGGAAAGAUUGUUUUGUUAUACCUUGCUAUUCUCUUUCCUUGUUCUAUUUUGUACUGACUUGACCCUUUCUCCUUUUCUCUCGACGGACUGUCAGCGGCGUCUUUUCUCUGUUUCCGGAAUCUUCUCAUGUUGCUUGAACAACAGCCCCCAUCUACCCUCCACAUUUUUUUUCUCUUGUUAUGAUGGUGUUGGGGGUCUCGGGGAUGUUUUGCAACGAAGGCACUCUUGUUUGGCAGCGCAGCCUUCUUUAGAAGACGAGGGAAUCAGGGGCUUUGGGGCUUGGGGACACCAGCGGCCACGGCUGAGGCAUGAGUAGUGCUAUAGUUCGUACGAUAAACCAGCUGACGGUUCUAAUAGCACGUUGUUCUAUUUCAAUCCCGAUGACGUUAGAUCUCGAUGGCCAGUCCGAGGCCUUCCUCGGGUGACCGUGAGUGCUCGAGCGACAGGAACAAAGC